AUGCCUGCACCGCCUCAGGCAGAAAUCAUUGAUGGCAUUAAGACCUUCAUCCCACUCGAGAACAAUCCUGAUGUCCUGAAACUUCUCUGUGAGAAUCUCCAGAUCUCAUGGGAUCUCGACUUUCAUGACGUUAUCUCAACCUCUCCAGCAUUCCUUCAAGAGUGCUAUUUCCGACCUUGUCACGCCCUUAUUGUCCUCGCGGACCGGCCUAUAUAUCAAGCUGCCCGCUCAGCAGUUAAGCCAACCAUAUCAGAGUACAAAGGUUCAGGUCCCAAUGAACCAGUUAUAUGGAUGAAACAGACUAUCGGCCAUGCUUGUGGGCUGAUGGCUCUCCUGCACGUAGUCUUCAACCUGGAAGGUGGUCGAUAUGUGCGCCCCGGCACGGCAAUAGACGCACUCCGUCAACAAGCUAUUCUUCUUGGGCCCACAGAGCGAGCGCAGUUGCUGUAUGACUCCAGUUUUCUUGAAGAGGCGCACAUGGAUGCGGCAUCGCGUGGAUCUUCGAAUGUCCCCUCACCUCGAGAGGAUAAUCAACACCAUUUCUUGGCCUUCGUGCAGAAGGAUGGGAAAGUCUGGGAGUUGAAUGGAGGGAUGAAUGGACCCUUAUUCCGAGGAGUACUCGGUGAAGGGGAGGAUCUCUUAAGUGAGCGAGGGCUGGAGCUCACUGCUCAAGACUUCUUGAUUGCUGCUGAACAGACUGGAUGCGAUGAGAUGAGUAUCGUCGCAAUCACUGGGGCUGACGCUGUGUUUCCUCGGUAUGGACCAAUUGCCAACGCCGUAGCUGGCGUUAUGUUCCUAAGCACCCCACAUCGCUAUGGCGACAAGACCACGAGCUGGAAUAGGUUUCGAGACAUCUUGGAUGCAACGACUGGUAGGAACCUCAAGAUUCCAAGCGCUACUAUCGAGCAAGAAGGCUCCAUUUUGCUCGACCUCGCAGAUAGAUUCGAAGGAAUCUCGUUCCGUACCCCCAUACUAUCCGUCUAUGAACUAAGAGAAUCGAAAAACAGUUCAACACCAUUGCGCCCGAAAUACCAACAAUUGGUCAACUGUGAAGCUUGUUCGACUCAUGCUCCAAUGGAAACAGUCAUUGGCCUCAAUCUCAAUCAUCAUGAUACAUGUCUUUUCACCAGGAGCGUUGGCGGCGAAGGCUUACCUGAACUCAACAAGUUUAUCUACGAGACUUUGCACAACGCUGCGCAACUUGUUACACUUCGAUUCGCGGACCAGGAAUAUCAAUACGCAACGAUGAGCGCUUACUCGCCCACGAUGAGCGAACUACCACUCAAAGCUGAGCAAAUGGAGCUUACCGAAUGGCCUUCGAACAAGGCAACCGAAUGGCCUUCGAACAGAGCAACAGAAGGAACAUCUCUUUCAGGGUUUGAGUUGGUAUAUCCUACAACACCAAAACCUGAGAUUCGGAGAACCCUUCAUCUACCCUGCUACCUUCUCAACAUGCAUUCGGCAAAUGGGGAUUUCUGCGGCCGCGAAGAUAUCUUGGAGCGUCUUGCGGCCGAGCUCUUGCCUUCGCAGAACAUAGUGACAGCGUCGGGCACCGCUCUACGACAAUUUGCGCUUUGCGGAUUCGGUGGGAUAGGAAAGACGGAAAUAGCCCGCGAGUUCUCCCGACGUCACAAAGCUUGCUUUGAUGCAGUAUUCUGGGUCGUGGCGGAUGAGAUUGCGAAACUUGACCACCAUUACCAGCAAAUCUCGUUAGCACUAGGACUCGAAAAUUCAUCCGAGUGCAAGAGUCAGGUUGUCAGCAGGGAAAUUGUGAAAGGAUGGCUCUCCAAUCCCCGAAAGCAUCUAUCGGGGUCGGAUGAGCUUUCUCAACCUGGUCAAACUAGGUCAGAAGCGACCUGGCUACUUAUAUUCGACAACGCAGACGACCCAAUGAUCCUGGCGGACUACUGGCCCCAGGGCAGUGGAUCAAUUCUUAUCACUAGCCGCGAUCCAUUGGCUAAAAGCAUGUUUACGCGAAGACCUUCAGGCCUGGAUCUUGGUCCACUUUCACAGCAAGACAGCCUAUGUCUCUUCAACCAUCUCACUAGCAUUUCCAACGAACCAGAAGACACUACAGCGCGGCAAAUCUCCGAUGCACUUGGUGGCGUCCCUCUGGCUAUCUCCCAGAUGGCUGGUAUCAUCCGUCGCCAGGACCUCACCUUGUCAGAGUUCUUCGAGCUGUAUACCGAUCAUGAAGAACAUGCCAGUCUUUACGAGACAAAAUUCGAUACCAGUUUGGUCACAUACCGUCACUCUCUCUCCACUGUUUGGGCAUUUGAGAAGUUGAAGCCCCAAGCUCGACAGUUGUUGGAGCUGAUUUCAUUUCUUGAUCCAGAUGUCAUUCGAGAAGACUUGUUGAUGGAAGCAUCGGUGGAACUGCUUUCCGACGGCGCACAGUUCAAAAAGAGUAGCUAUAUCGAGGCCCGAUCUGAUCUUUUGCAGUCAUCUCUGGUCCAAAGAGAUAAACAAAAGCAGCAGAUAUCGGUCCACCGUGUUGUGCAAGAUGUAAUCUUGGCAACAAUGGAUGUUGCGAAGAGACGGUUCAUGUUUGACAAAGUCGUCCGAAUUCUUUGGGCUGACUGGCCAUCGGCUAUGCCCAAGCCAUCCAAGGAGCCAGAGCUACCCCAGCCCAAAUCAAGCGGCGGCAGGCUAUAUGUUGGAAGGUGGCCUCUCUGGUCAGCCAUUUCAGAUCCCUCCGAGGCUACCAGGUUGCUUUUUGCAAAGCUACUGAAUGAGGCUGCAUGGUAUCAAAAAGAGCGUGGACGAACAAAGCAAUUUGACGGUUUCUUCUCAAUUGCUCGCAGUAUCUGCGACUCCUCCACACACCCAGAUCGGGAUUCCCUACUUGCAGAUAUUCAUUUCUGCUUAGGAGCUAUCGCCAUGGAUGCGAGCGAUUUCGAAACAAGCCGCAUUCACAAGGAACGUUCUCUCGAUCUAGUUUCCAACAUCUGCAAACAACUGGGCACUGCAGACGAGAGACUAUACCUCGCCUACGCAGAGCGAGGGAUCUCACGCAUUCAGGAUAGACGAUACGAGGAAGGUGAAGCCGACCUCAAGGAGGCGCUGCGGAUUCGAAAAGCCCUCGGCAACUACAUUCCCCGGUCGGGCGAGGCCAAUCUGAGCUGGGCUCUUCUUGCGCAGGGCAAGCUUGAAGAGUGCAACACGCUUCUUCUGGACAGUUUGGCGGGCAGAGAAAAGGCUUUGGGCAAGGAUGAUAGGGAAUCCGUCCGGACUGGGUUGAUACUUUAUGCGCUUGGCAACCUCCGCGCUGCGCAAAAUCAAUGGGAUGAGAGUUUUGAAUACCACCAGAGAGCGUGGCACCACAUGCGCGCAACGGUGGGUGAGAGAGAUUUCUACACUGCAAAUGUCGCCCAUAAGCUUGCCGAGCAUCUUAUCCGCUCAGGCCGGAGCGAAGAGGCGAUUGCUAUGAUCAACGGGGCGCUGGACAUCUGGUCUGUUGAUCCGAGCGCACACAAGAACGAGAUUGCUCGCACCACUUUCCUCAAGGGCAAAUUGUUCGAGGCGACGGGCAAGAUGCAAAAAGCUUCCAUUGCUCUUCGAGUUGCCUGUCGCCUGAGGAAGGAGAUUACCAAGGAGGAUCGAGAUGUGAAGAGCUUGACGGCAGAAGACUUUGACGAAAUUGUUGCUUUUUGGGCUCGUUGA